AUGGGGAUUACAACUCAGCUUGUCCAGAGCAUUCUUCUUGGCGAAAUGUGUGUGUUCACAUUCAUGUUGCUUCCGAUAUCAAAAGGGCUCAAGAAGAGUAUGAUGAAGCUUUUCCAGACAUCAAAAGUCUACAGAGGAUUUCUUCACAUACUCUAUGUCUUGUUUGCAAUGAUCCUUGUGAUGUUUGUUGACUCUGCAUACAAGAUCUACACGGGGGAAGAUCAGGCCAAUCCGUUUGUGCUGUACCAGGCAGAAAGAAACAUGUAUCUGACUGGAUUUACCUUGUUUCUGGCUGUUAUAUUCCGGAUGUUUAUUAGGAUGAUGUGCAUGCUCUUCAGGGAGGAGGAAUCUGCACUGCUCCUCAGAAAGCAGUCGAUGAACCAAAAGAAGUAUGUUGAAGAGAUGCUGGAGGAGAAUGCAAAGAAAGGCGGGAAGAUAGACGACCUAGAGGCAGAGAUCACAGACCUGAAGAAAAGGAUCUCGUCUGGAGAUAUUUUGAUAAAGCAGCUGAAGAACAACCAGAACGAGUACUUCAAUCUGCUGGACAAGUACAACAGGCUGAGAGAACAAGUGCAAAUGGAAUCCAAGAAGUCUAAAUAA